GAUUAUCAAUCAGUGUAAUCAUUAAUCAUAUCUUCUUUUUUGAAAAUUCUUCGCGGAACAGAAAAGGGAUUCAUUAACCAACUUGACCAUUCGCCGCUUCGCUUUUCACAUCCAUUUAUCUCUCACUCACCCACUUUUCUGCGAAAAUCUCCGAAUCGGGUUUCGUAUAUUGUUUCAGGGUCUGUUGAGUCUUGGGUGGGGGGGGAGAACAUGGAGAAGUACGAGCUUGUUAAAGACAUAGGUUCUGGGAACUUUGGAGUGGCGAGGCUGAUGAGGGUCAAAGACUCCAAGGAACUUGUUGCCAUGAAGUACAUCGAGCGUGGCCCUAAGAUCGAUGAGAAUGUGGCUAGAGAGAUUAUUAACCACAGAUCACUUCGCCAUCCCAAUAUUAUCCGGUUUAAGGAGGUGGUUUUGACUCCAACGCACAUAGCUAUUGUCAUGGAAUAUGCUGCUGGAGGCGAGCUAUUUGAGCGUAUAUGCAGCGCUGGAAGAUUCAGUGAAGAUGAGGCAAGAUACUUUUUCCAGCAGCUUAUAUCAGGAGUCAGCUACUGCCAUGCUAUGCAAAUAUGCCACAGAGAUCUGAAGCUCGAAAAUACUCUCUUGGAUGGAAGUCCUGCACCACGUCUGAAGAUCUGUGAUUUUGGUUAUUCCAAGUCCUCACUUCUGCAUUCUAGGCCCAAAUCAACUGUUGGAACUCCAGCAUACAUUGCACCCGAGGUUCUUUCUCGUAGAGAAUAUGAUGGCAAGAUGGCUGAUGUAUGGUCAUGUGGCGUGACUCUUUAUGUCAUGCUUGUUGGAGCAUACCCAUUUGAAGACCCAGAGGAUCCCAAAAACUUUAGAAAAACAAUGCAAAGAAUAUUGGCUGUUCAGUACAAGAUCCCUGACUAUGUCCAUAUCUCACAAGAUUGCAAACAUAUCCUCUCCCAUAUAUUUGUUGCUAAUCCACUCAAGAGGAUUACAAUAGCUGAAAUCAAGAAACAUCCAUGGUUCCUAAAGAACCUGCCACGGGAGCUUACUGAGAUAGCUCAAGCUGCUUACUACAGGAAAGAGAAUCCGACGUUUUCUCUACAGAGCGUUGAAGAGAUCAUGAAGAUUGUGGAAGAGGCAAAAACACCUCCUCCUGUUUCUCGAUCUAUAGGAGCAUUUGGUUGGGGAGGAGAAGAAGACGCAGAGGAAGUAUCUGAGGAAGUAGUAGAAGAAGACGAAGAAGAUGAGUAUGAUAAGACGGUGAAGCAAGUGCAUGCUAGUGGAGAAAUCCGAAUCAGUUAAAGAAAAAAAAGAUUGGUUGUUUUGUUUUUGUAAAAGGAAAAGAAAAAGAGUUUUCGUUGGUCUUCUUUAGUGUUUUUUUGUUUGGUUCUUAAAUUUGAAGGUUUCUCUUGUGGUUUUUGCUUUUGGAAGUCCUGUAAAAUCUGCAGUAGAAGAGACAGGUUGGUGAUGAGUUAUGUUUGGGCUUUGUGACCUUAUAUAAAAUAUAGUCUCUUUGUUCCUCUGUUUCUACAGACAGGGGAUACGUUAAA